GUUACCACUGCAUCCACACCUACUUCAGCAUCCACUCUCACUGCAUCCACACCCACUACAGCAUCAACUGUAACUGGGUCUGCAGAUACUGCAGUUACCACUGCAUCCACACCUACUACAGCAUCCACUGUAACUGGGUCUACUGAUACUGUAGUUACCACCGCAUCCACACCUACUACAGCAUCCACUGUCACUGGGUCUACUAACACUGCAGUUACCACUGCAUCCACACCUACUACAGCAUCCACUGUAACUGGGUCUACUGAUACUGUAGUUACCACCGCAUCCACACCUACUACAGCAUCCACUGUCACUGGGUCUACUAACACUGCAGUUACCACUGCAUCCACACCUACUACAGCAUCCACUGUCACUGGGUCUACAGAUUCUGCAAGUACCAAUACAUCCACUGCUACUUCAGCAGCCAUUAUCAUUGCAUCAACCUCUUCUACAGCAUCCACUGUCACUGGGUCUACAGAUACUGCAGUUACCACUGCAUCCACAACUAUUACAGCAUCUACUGUCACUGGGUCUACUAAUUCUGCAAGUACAAAUGCAUCAACUGCUACUUCAGCAUCCACUGUCACUGGAUCUACAGGUACUACAGCAUCCACUGUCACUGGGUACUACAGCGUCUACAGUCAAUGGGUCUACAGAUACUACAGGUACCACAGCAUCAUUGCUUACCACAGCAUCCACUGUCACUGGGUCUACAGAUUCUGCAAGUACCAAUACAUCCGCUGCUACUUCAGCAGCCAUUAUCAUUGCAUCAACCUCUUCUACAGCAUCCACUGUCACUGGGUCUUCAGAUACUGCAGUUACCACUGCAUCCACAACUAUUACAGCAUCUACUGUCACUGGGUCUACUAA